GGUGUUGCUGGAUCUCCGCCGGGAGGCUGCGGCUCCGGAGGGACGGACGGAGCGUUUCUGCCGGUAAAAACACGGAACUACGACUAAAACCCGGGAUGCUGGUGAUGGACUGAGCUGAUCCGACAUCUGAGAGGGUUUAAGGCCCGAUGGAAGCUGCGACACAUCUGGACCUGGUGCGUCUGGGUCCCGGUUCCUGCUCCAGUCUGGACUGAGGAGUCGAGUGUGUCUCUGAGGAUUUAACAUAUUUUCCUUUUUCAGUUUUCUGAGAUAAACGGUCCUGAUUGAGAGUUGGAGGGAGCAGGCGGAUCCUCCUCCUCCUCCUCCUCCUCCUCCUCCUCCUGCUGGUCUGGAUUAAAGCCCAUCAGGAUCAUGAAUCAUCCCCCCUCUGCUCCUCUAAUCUGGGUUUUACAGAGCUGGAUUUAAAUCUGAGAUCUGAUCUGGAUUACUCUGCUCCUGGAUCCGUUCGGGGACACGUCUGACCCGGUCUGAACUGGUCCCGGUCCCUGGUGUGGACUCGUCUUGGACUCGGUCCUGUCUCGGUCCUGGUUUUGAGGGAGUCCCAAGGCGUCAACAUGCCAACGUCCCGGCCUGGUUCUGCGCCGGUGGAGUUCUGGGUGGACGGGUCGAGGCGGGACGGGGCGGUGGAGGAGUUCUACACCCUGAGCUCGGAGCUGGGCAGAGGAGCGACGUCCAUCGUGUAUCGCUGUGAGGAGAAGCAGACUCAGAAACCCUACGCCCUCAAAGUCCUCAAGAAAACGAUCGACAAGAAAAUAGUUCGUACAGAGAUCGGCGUCCUGCUGCGUCUGUCCCACCCGAACAUCAUCCAGCUGAAGGAGAUCUUUGAGACGGACACGGACAUCGCUCUGGUCCUGGAGCUGGUGACGGGAGGAGAGCUGUUCGACAGGAUCGUGGAGCGAGGCUACUACAGCGAGAGAGACGCCGCUCACGUCAUCAAACAGAUCCUGGAGGCCGUGGCGUACCUCCAUGAGAACGGCGUGGUGCAUCGGGACCUGAAACCGGAGAACCUGCUGUACGCCGACCUGUCGCUCGACGCUCCGCUGAAGAUCGCCGACUUCGGCCUCUCCAAAAUCAUCGAUGACCAGGUGACCAUGAAGACGGUGUGUGGCACUCCGGGGUACUGUGCUCCAGAGAUCCUGCGGGGAAACGCUUACGGCCCCGAGGUGGACAUGUGGUCGGUGGGCGUCAUCCUCUACAUCCUACUCUGCGGGUUCGAGCCGUUCUUUGACCCGAGGGGGGACCAGUACAUGUACAGCCGGAUCCUCAACUGCGACUACGAGUUUGUGUCUCCGUGGUGGGACGACGUCUCCCUCAACGCCAAGGAUCUGGUCAGUAAGCUGAUCGUCCUCGACCCUCACAAGCGCCUCAGUGUCCGUGAGGCCCUGCAGCACCCCUGGGUGCUGGGCAAAGCUGCUCGCUUCUCCCACAUGGACACCGCCCAGAGGAAACUGCAGGAGUUCAACGCUCGCCGCAAACUUAAGGCCGCCAUGAAGGCCGUCGUGGCCACCAGUCGGAUGCACGAGGGCUCGCGGCGUCGUACCGACAGCUGUGAGAUGCCGGGCUCGGGCACUUCCAGGCAGAGCAGCAUGCAGCAAGACCCGCCUCCAGAGUCAACAAGCCCCGCCCCCUCAGACAAAGAGUCCCCGCCCCCGGACCCACAGCCGCCCGGAGACGAAUCAAAGUCCGACGACCAAAGUGCCCCCAGCCCCUCCCCUCCUCGGAGCCCCAAACCACCCAGCUCUGAUGUCACGCCCACAGGCCCCGCCCCCACCAGACCGCCGCUGCGGGUCGACGGGCUCCGACAGGCGUCCGUCAUCCCUAAAACCGUGCCGAUCCAGCCCCGACUGCCGCAGAAGAGCUGCUCCGUGGUGGAGCCCGCCUCCAGGGCCGACGCCGUGCCCGCUCUGGCCACGCCUCCAAGUCCCAACACGCUCAGCAACGGCUUCACGCCGGGGGCGGAGCCUGCCAGUAAGACCGCCCACUGCCAGUGAUCAGCUGACGCCACUCUGCUUCAGUUUCUCUACAGAAAUAUUGAGGUUCAGCUUCCAUCUUUACAAACUGAAAUCAUUUAUCUGGACAGAAUGAAGAAAAGUAUCCAGAACGUUUAACAUUUAACUUCCAUUCUGUAGCGCUGCUGCUACGCUAACAUGCUAACAGCUACGUACUCUGAGGGUCUGUCGGGUGUUUUUGCAGCCUGGACGGUUUUCUGACGAGCUGCUGGUUUUCAGUUUGGAGACGAUUCAGGAUCUGAAAAAUCAUUUGUCCCACAUCAGGACUUAGGAUUUAUUAAACCUCCUCUGUUCUUGUUUCUGUGGUAAGAAAAACUACUAAACAUGCUAAAAACGUCUAUAAACUGACAGUAAGUGAAGCUCAUCGUGUAAACACCUUUUAGAUUUUCUUUUUCUUUCAUCAAAUAUUUUAAAAACAUUUUUCAAAAACGAGUGGCAUCAGCAAGUUGCUAGUUUUCUAGUUGCUUUUUUGCUUUUUUGUGUAUAGAUUUUUUUAAUAUUUUAUUAAACAGUUUCAUAGUCUGGUAAAUUAGUCGUGUGCCUGCAGAGUUGCAGCACCGAAAUCUUUCUCUGGACAAAGCAGAACAAUACAACCUUCUGAAUUCAAGUUUCUGUAUUUUCAACUGAACUAAGACAAGCUCGAAAGCCUCGUUUACUGAUGUAAAACUCACCUUAUUCAAACACGACAGAAACAAAAUGGAAAAAAUUACCAAAACCAGGAAAAUAAAAUGACAAAAAAUAGCCAAAAGCAGCUUUGUACUGAUGAUUCCAUCUGCAGUGUGAAGCUUUGUCUCCCCCUCCUGGCAGAAAGAUGAAUUACAGCACACAUCUCUAGUGACUUUCUGGCUGGAUUUAGUGGCUUUUCGGACGCUUGUUGCAACCUAUUUACAAACUUUAUUCAUCCGAAAACUCACGAAAUCCACUUAAAAAGGCUAAAAACUCUCAGUUUGCUUCUUUAAAUCAAAGUAAAAUGGCGUCUCUUUCUGUGUUUGGCAGCUUUUCUUACCACAGAAAACGAUUGUAAUGUGUAAAUUAACAUGUUUGUGACCAAAAUGAAGCAUGGCCGGCAUUUAUCUUUAUCUGAUGAUUAACAUCACAUUUAUACCUGGUGUUAAAGGAUAAUUACAGUGUUUUUAAGGCCCCCGUAUGAAAAAAAAUAUUUUUGAAAACAGAUAUUUUACAUUUUAGCUUUUGAAAACAGACCAGAGAUCAGGUCGGUCUGUAGUUUACUGCCACUUUAAACACCUGUUUUCACUUCCUGUGACAGUGGGAUGUUUAGACGGCUUAGCCUAGCUUAGCAUAAAGACUGGGAGCGGAGGGAAACAGCUAGCCUCGCUCUGUCUCCUUCCAACAACAUGUUGUAUUGUUUGUUUAAUCUGUACAGAAAAAGAGGCGCUGGGCGGAUGGAUACGCAGCAUCACCGACCUGUGAGUUGAGUUUAUCGGUGUGUUUUUGAGUCCUGAUCUGGGACAAACAGACUUCUUUGGUACAGACUGGACGCUCAGGACGGAGCGGAUUGAUUGUAUUUUAUUAAACUUUAUUUAUCCAACUCGUGCUGGAGGACACUGGUGUGAAGGACGAGGAGAGACGCAGCAGCUUCUUCUCUGUUGGGUUCCUCUGCUGCUUCUUCUUCUUCUUCUUCUUCUUCUUCUUCUUCCCUUUUAGAGCCGGAGCACGUGGCGCCGCUUCAGACGGACUCGGAGGAACAGUUUGAGGAAUCUGCUUUGAGUUUUUUAAUCCUUUCUACUCUUUACUGUCGACUCCCGCCGGCUUCAUUCUGCAGCAGUUUGAGUAGAUCGACCCAGUGUGUAGUUCAGUGACGUGUUGUGUUCGUGAGCUUCUAGUAAAACGCAGUGUUGUUUACACUUUAUCAGCAGCGAUGAUACUGAUCUCCUGUUUGCACUGUACAUAGUUUGGUUUUAGAUUAUGACUGACAUCUUUGCCACCUGACCGGAGGCGCGGUCGGUGUUCAGACCCCCAAACGCACCAAAUUAGACCUUAAAUCCAACCAUCUGAUCUGAAACCACACGUUCUACCUCUCUCUGUACAGGGGCUUCCAAAAUUAU